UGAUAUGACGUCAUCGAUAUUUUUGUGACGAAAUUUACAGUGCCGACAGACUAACUAUCGAUAACCAGCGCUGGUUGAACCAUCAACCAACCACAAACAGGCAUCAUGGCGAACUGGGAUCAGAUCGGAACGAUCGAGGACGAUGAUGACGUCCCGUUAGCUGCCGAGAGCUCCGAUAGCGACGAAGAUGAGGUUAUGCCAAAGCCUAAAAAGAAGAGGGGGAGUAAAAAGAAAAAUGUUGAUUUCACGGAAGAAUUCCAGUUUGAGGAGACGGAACUAGACUUGGAGGACAGCUGGAACUACCAGAUAGAUGGACUAAAACACAAGGCUGUGGCAACCACACUGGAUGAGAAGAUAGCACAAAUCAGAAAAGAAAGGAAGAAAAGGAAACAUAAACAGGUAGAGGAACAAGCUGGAGAAGCUGCUGAUGAAGGAUCAACAAAGAAAGCAUCGAAAACUUCAGUGGAGAAGGAGGAAGAAGAGGCCGAUGGGGAUGAUGAGAUGGACAAUGAUGAUGGUGAUGAUGAUGAAGAUGGUAUAGUAGUAGAGGAAGAAGAUGGAGAUGUUGAGGAUGAAGAGGAAGAUGAUGAUGAUGAUGAAGAUGAACAGGAAGGUGAUGAUGAUGAAGAUGAAAGUGAUGCAGAAGAAGAUAGUGCAGAUGAAGUUCAGCAGGGAGGGCAAGAGGAUGAGAGUGAAGAAGAAACAUCCUCUGAUGAAGACACAAUAGCAGACAGAAUCAGGAUAAAAGAGAAGAAAACAAAGAAGAAAAAGAAGGACAACAAAGGGAAGGAUGAGAAUGUGGAGGACUCUGAGGAAGAAAAUCAGACAUUCUUUGUGGAUGCACCACCCAUUGAUGAAUCCAUAACCUUCCAAGACAUGAACCUGUCAAGGCCCCUUGUUAAGGCUAUUUCCCAGAUGAAGUUCCACCACCCAACCCCCAUUCAAAAGGCCACUAUCCCUGUAGCCCUUCUGGGUAAGGAUGUCUGUGCUUGCGCAGCCACAGGAACAGGUAAGACAGCUGCAUUCAUGCUGCCUGUCCUGGAGCGUCUGCUGUACAAGCCUCGGCAGGCGCCUGUCACCAGGGUGCUGGUGCUGGCCCCCACCCGCGAGCUGGCCGUGCAGGUGCACCAGGUGUCGCGGCAGCUGGCACAGUUCACCAGCGUGGAGAUCAGCCUGGCGGCCGGAGGGCUGGACAUCAGGACGCAGGAGGCCGCCCUGCGGCUGGGGCCGGACGUGGUGAUAGCCACACCUGGACGUCUGAUCGACCAUCUCCACAACACGCCUUCUUUCGACCUGAAGAGUAUAGAGGUCCUCAUCCUGGAUGAAGCCGACAGAAUGCUGGAUGAGUUUUUUGAGGAACAGAUGAAUGAAAUCAUCAGGUUAUGUGCCAGGAAGAGACAGACCAUGCUGUUCUCUGCCACCAUGUCUGACCAGGUGAAGGAUCUAGCUGCCGUGUCCCUGGAGAAUCCAGUGAAGUUGUUUGUGAAUGAGAACACAGACGUGGCCUUUAACCUGCGGCAGGAGUUCAUCAGGAUACGUCCCAACAGGGAGGGGGACAGGGAGGCUAUCAUCGCAGCGUUGUGCAGUCGGACGUUCCACGACCACUGUAUCGUGUUUAUCCAGACCAAACUCCAGGCUCACCGCAUGCACAUCAUCCUGGGACUGCUGGGGCUGAAUGUGGGGGAGCUGCAUGGAAACCUGUCACAGACACAGAGAUUAGAGACUCUGAGAAGGUUUAAGGAUGCUGAAGUGGAUGUCCUACUAGCUACAGACCUGGCAGCCAGAGGACUGGAUAUACAGGGGGUCAAAACUGUUAUUAACUUCACCAUGCCCAGCACACUGAAACACUACAUCCACAGGGUGGGCAGGACAGCAAGAGCUGGCAAGUCUGGAAGAGCUGUCACAUUGGUUGGAGAGAAGGAGAGGAGAUACCUAAAGGAUGUAGUGAAAAAUGCCAGGAAUCCUGUGAAAAGUAGAGUUGUACCACAAGAGGUAAUCCUGAAGUACCGUGACAAGAUAGAGAAGAUGGAAAAAGACGUGGCAGAGAUCCUCCGGCUGGAGGCUGAGGAGAAGGAGAUGGCUUCUACAGAGAACAAGAUGAACCGUGUACAGAACAUGUUGAACAGUCCUGACAACAUGGCCCAACAGAAGAGAGGCUGGUUCCAAACUCAUAAGGAACGUAUGCAGGAGAAAGCUCGACUGGCCCUGGGAGAACCCAUUGUUAAGGGGAAGAAGAAAGGCAAACAUGUCAAAUCAGCUCCUCUCAAUGCUGAAGACCGGGUCCAGUUGGAGAUGCAGAAGGCCCAGGACUUUGCCUUGAGACAAGCCAAGAGAGACAGGAAACCCAAAAGGAUCAAGGCCUUCUAUGAGAAGGAGGAAGGGGCAAAACCUGCAGCUAAGAAGAUGAAGAAGCAGAAUACAGGUCCCAAGUCUACCUUUGAUAAGGAGUUGGUAGACACCAGUAGGAAAGCACUGAAGAAGUUCAGGGCAGGGCCGUCAUAUGAGGACAGAAAAAGACUUGGGAUGUCUAAGAAGUCUAAAGGAAACUUCAAGUCCAAAAAUAGGUUCAAGAGGAGAUGAGGGUGAGAGACUGAGGGAGAGAACAGUUGAUGGAGGGACAACUGCUUGAAAUGGACACUUCUUUGUUUAGAGAUUAUUCUUCUCAUAGAUGUAAUGUAACAGCAAAUCACCUGUUAAAGGAAAUAAAAGUAUCUUGUCAAAUACAAU